ACUUCUGCUAUAUGCUGUGAUUUCAGAACAAAAGUCUACAAAGAUGAACUGAGGUAGGAUGUUACCUGCUCAGCCCAUCUCUGGGACAUGAUGUCACAGGGCAGAGGAAGAAUUUGGGAAGGGAAAGGAAAGCAGAUGCACUGGUUUAUUCUGGCUUACCUUCUCCUCCUGGCUUUACCAUGCAUGGGCUUCCUCCCCAACUUUUGGUCUCGAGUGUUAACACUGUCUUGGGACUCGCACACACACCAGUACAUCACAGAGCAGGCUAUUCUCAAUGUCACCAUGGAGACUCUGAGGAGCACCAAAAAACACCAUGCAAACCACGCAGAGGAGUGGACCAGACUGGGCCGUGGUUUCUGGAGAGCUGUGGGAGAGGUAGUGAAGUCCAAUGCGGCCAUGGACUUCCUGAGCUCCACCAGGUCAGACCCGGUGUACCACUUUGAUUCAGAGCGUGUGGACAGCGCUAUGGAGAUGUUACGGCAGUUCUGGGCUCAGACUCUACUCUCAGUACGAGCCAAAGAGUACCAAAGUGCUCGUCACAGCUUGGGCCAGCUAUUUCACUCACUGCAGGACUUCUACAGCCACAGUAACUGGGUUGAGAUGGGCCAGCGCUCCAUUUACCUCCACCUGCUGCAGCCGGAGGAGCCUGCCAUCCCCGUGGCUGACGAAGAAACUCCUACCUGUAUGGAGUGCUUCAGUGCCACCUGUCGAGACAACCUCAUGUCAAGAUUGACAAACACACAGAAAGACACCCAGCUGCUCACCACUGGCUACUUCAGCACUUUCCCUCCAAAACCCCACGGCAAAUGUAGUCAUGGAGGUAUUCUGGACAGUAGCCGUUACAUGGGGGCUAAAGGGGGCAUCAACAAGGACAGCACCUCCCCCCUCUUCUCCCCUCACCAUUAUCUCCAUGUGGAAGCUGCCAGUUUGGCGACUGAGGCCACCCUGAGUGUACUAAGAGACCUCAGAGACACUGUGGGCCAUAAAGCCUUUCUCAGGCUGUUCAGUGUAAAGCAGGUCCCUGCAUUGGUGUUUGUCAUGGACACCACAGGGAGCAUGUUUGAGGAGAUUACUGCAGCUCGUUUUCGGGCCCACUCUAUCAUCCAGAGCCGGGCCAGCAGCCCCGGGCCGCCUGGUACCUUUCUGCUUAUUCCCUUCCAUGAUCCAGGGUUUGGACCUGUGUAUGAGACCGAUGACCCAAAUCAGUUUAUGCAGCACAUGGAGAACCUGACGGCGCUGGGAGGAGGAGACGAACCAGAGAUGUGUCUCUCUGCCAUUCAGCUGGCGCUCACUCACAGUCCACCGCUGUCAGAGAUAUUCGUAUUCACGGAUGCCUCUCCUAAAGAUGCCCACUUGUUUGAUGCGGUGAAGGCCCUCACACUUGAAAAACAGAGCAAGGUGACAUUUCUCCUAACUGAAGACCCCAACUACACAUCAGAAAGCCGAGGGAGGAGGAAGAGGAGCAGGAGGAGUAGAAGCAGGGAACCUUUGUCCCCGAAUCGUUUCUCUCUUUACUCCUCCUUGUCCUCCCUGUCAGGAGGAUUGACAAUAUUUACCACAAACUCUGACAUCCACAGGGUCUCUACCAUAGUGGAGGAUAACACAGCUGCUGAAAAGGUGACCCUCCUCCAUGUGGAAAGUGACAAAGAGUUGAUGUCCUCCCAUUCUUUCAGAGUUGACAGCUCAGUAAAAAAUGUCACAUUACAUGUCACUGGCUCCCUGACAGAGUGUAUUCUUACUAGUCCAUCAGACCAAAGCCAGUCUCUGCUGAGUGAGGAGGGUCCUCUGGCAGCGUUGGAGCACUUCGAGGGUCUGUACCGAAUCAUCCUGCUCACUCCUAUAGAGUCAGGCCAGUGGAAACUCCAGGCCAAGAGUGAAAGACCCCUCACAUUCAAUGUGAUCGCUGACAGCAGCGUAGAUUUCUUGUAUUACUUUGCCACUGUAACCAAUGAGACACACCCAGGUCUGGCCAGAGUGGACGGGAGUCCAGUAGCUGGUGUCCCUGCCUUUCUGGUGCUGGCUGUGACCGGCCUGGCUCCAGACGAGGUGGUGUCUUUCAGUCACGCAACACUGCUAGGAGCCGACGGAGACAGCAUCCAGCAGGUGAAGCUGAACUCCUCUUCAUCUCCACCAUCCUACUCUGUAGAGGAGCUGGUGGGAUGGGUGGACUCUGUUCCCAGAAUCCCGUUUUGUGUCCAACUCACAGGCCGAGACAGCAGAGGGAAAAAGCUGGAGAGGGUUUCCACAGAGAUGGUUCAGCCAACACAUGUUCAGAUACAGGUGUUGUCUGUCCCCCGCCUGGUACCUGGUCACAGCACAAUGGUGGACUUUGACAUCCUGAACCACGGCCCGGCCCGACUCUUCAGUCUGACUGCUGGUGAUGACUGUGGAUAUCUUCAUAAGAGAGGACCUCACACGUUCCACGUUGCAGGACAAGGGUCUUUCCACGGUCAGGUGGACCUCUACACUCCUGCCACAGCUCAGGCAGGAGCUACUGUCACCCUCACACUCACUGUGCGCGCUCUUGACUCUCCAGACUCAAAUUAUGCAGUGGCCUACUUGACUGUGGUCCCCCCGGAUCCAAACACAUCCCCACCAUCCUGCUCCACUGUCCGAGUACAGUCUGCUUGUUCUUCCAUUUGCAACGAAUCAAGCUGGAGCGUAUCUCUGGUCGUGUUAGGCAGGGGGCGCUCUGGCCUCGCUGCCCUCCAGCUACAGAAGGGUGAAGGCAUUCUGACUUUAUUCCACAGCCCCACACCCACAGAGGACAGCCAGGGAGAGGCCCAGCGUGACCCGGAUCAGCAACAGACUCACAAGGACAUGACAAUCAGUGGAGGCAACCACCAUCACCAUCACCACCACAAGGCCAGAUUAGAGAAAGGAGACCCUCCUCUGAAUGUAUCUGAGUGGGUAACAGGCUCAUCUCAGUCACUGUGGGUGAAGUAUACGUCCAGCUGUUGCUCUGCUCAGGCUGAGCUGCUUGUGUGGGACACAGCUGGAAACAUGAAGCGCUGCCAUCUAACAUCUGGCCAGCAGAGGCAGCUAAGAGACAGGAGCACAGAUACCAGUGGAGCUGCACGGAUUACACACACUGGCGUCUUUUUUUUAUCGUUGGGUCUGCUGUGGCUGUCUCUGCUUUAGGUCAGUGAUUACAGAGGUUUUGCUGGUCAAACUAAUCUAUGUGUUGAUCACUGGAUUUCAGAAUCCCAAAAAGAUGUCAAAUGUUCUUUUUUUUAGGACAUACACAGAUACUAGAGGUAGUUUGAAAGAUGUGCACUUAAUACAAACAAUGUUUUGC